AUGGCUCAUCUUCUUGGAAGUAAAACUUGUAUUGAUAGUUUACGUGUUGAUAUUGAUGAUAUACAAACUGUAAUUUGUGAAAUUAUUGGAAAAACAGGUUCAUUGAAAUGUCAUUCAUGGAAAUUUCCCGAUAAACUUGCGACUGAUAUUGACAUUAAAGAAUUACUUGAACGUUAUCAACAUGGAAAAAAUGAACUUGACAAUCAAGUUUCUCAUAUUGUUCUUUUCGAAAUUAUUAUUGAUAGAUUAUUACUCGUUGUACAUGGAUCUUGGCAUUUUCUAUAUGAAAUUCAAGCUAAACUACUACCCAAUACCAUCGAUUCAGCAUCGACUGUUAACCUACAAACAAGUCUUAGUAUCGGUUUAGUAGUUAAAAAAUAUUGGAAUAAAUUACUACAUUUAUUCAGCAUUCUUCAACAACAUGAGACCAGUCGUAAACGAUCGAAUCCUACACCGUCAUUACCCGUACGAUCCAAAUCAACUGUAACUAGCGAAAAACAAUGUCAAACCAUCGAAACAUCAUUUGGUCCGUGUUCAUCGUGUCUAAAAUAUCAGGAAUAUGUUCAAAAUUCUAGUGAAAGUAUGAUCAAUCUAUGUCAUUUGUAUAAUUUACCGUCGUCUCUUGCUCAUCAUCGAUGUUCAACAUCGACAACAUGUGAAUCAUUCAAUGAUAUGAGUCAUUGGAUUGAUUCUCAAUCGAAAGAUUUUGAUCGCUUAUCAAAACAUCUUGAAUAUUUACAUAGUACAUUAAACAAAACAAAACAGGAUUUAGAUUCGAGUGAAUAUAAUAGCAAACAACUCAAUGAAACAAAUCAUCAUUUACAGCAAAUAAUUCAUAAUGAAAAAGAAUCAAAGAAAAAAUUAGAAGAAUUGCAUGAACAGAAAUUAAUCGAAAUCAAAAAAGACAAUGAUCAAUAUCAAUGGAAUUUAAAUGAACAACUAAAAUUGUUAACAACACAAAAAUCUAAUCUUGAACAACGACUAAAAGAAAUUACCGAAGAAUCUACGUCACGAGGAGAACAAAUUGAAAAGUUAGAAUCAUCGAAAAUUGAAUUAAAAUUUCUAACGGAAGAACGAGUUAAAUCCGAUGAUCUAAUAAAAACAUUAGAAGAAGAUCGGAUUCGUUUGCAAACUCAGCUCGACGUUGUUAAACGUGAUCUUGAAGAGCGUAAUCGUGAUUUACACAAAGAACGUAUGCGCAUGGAAAAUAUGAUUCGACAUGAAGAAAAUUAUCAAUCAAAACAAAAGCUACUUACAAAUUCCUAUGAAGAAUUAUCAAAAGAACUUGAAUCGCUGAAAAAAAAAGUAUCCGAAUUAGAAUGCGAACGAGAUGAGUUACAAAAACGAAAUCAGCCAUCGUCCGAUACCAAUCAAGUUCAAUCAUUUCUCGAAACCAACAAUCACGUUUUACAAGAAGUUACUUCGCUUAAAUCAACAAUCGAACAGCUUCAGCAACAACUUCAACAAAUGAAUGAACGUGAAAAAGUGUUACUUCAACAUCACAGUUCAAAUGGAUCUUCUCAACAUACAUCAACAUCAAAUAAUUUCCUAAUCGAUAUGCAAACUCAAAUGAGAACAAAUGAACUCCGUAUUGAUUUAUUAAGAAAACAAAACGAUAGUUUAAAAUCAUCAUUAGAACAAAUUCGAGUGCCCAAUCAUCACACUACUCUACCGUCAGUAUCCGAAGAAUUAAGACCAGAACAAACAGAUCAUCACAGUUCUUACACGCAUGAGCCACUACCACCGAAACCAAAACAAUCUCCGCUGUGGUUGCUAAAUAAUGAAAUUCUCGAACAACAACAACAACAACAAACUUUUACAGAAACAAAACCACCGAUAGCAAAAAUCUACAUGCCACGUGUAACUGAUAGUAACUAUACGUCUCAUAGAUGGAUUAAAUCAGAUCAAGAUGUAAAUAUUGAAACAUUAUCGCAAUCAAAUGUUCAUUCAGCAGAUUCCCGACCGCCAAUUCCAAAUCAUAGCCGAGCACCAAGUAUUCCUUCACGAUUAGAUCAUGAAAUGACGAUGGCUAAAGUUCAAUUAAUCACAUUAAAUCGCCCUUUGUCAUCCAAUAGAACUCGUCCCUCAUCUACAACUGAACAUACUCGACGAGAUAAUUCCCUACCGAAAUCUUCUCGAACAUUCUCAUCGGCUAAAACACAACGUUCGCCGACUAAAGCAAUUCAUCAAUGUACAACUUGUAAUCGAACUUUUGAUGACAAACGAAAUUAUGAUAUACACAAAUUAUAUUGUAGGACUUAA